GAACAGAAUAUUUGUUGCGCCGCUCUCUGCAUUGCAUCGCAUUUUGUCGCAUUGUAUCUCAGCCUUGCUCUGUUUCAUCGUCUUCUUACUUGAUUGAUAAUCCCUCUCGCGCGACAUCAUGAGAGCGUUCUUCCUCUGCUCCGCCAUUGCGGGCCUGGCCAUCGCCCAUGGCUCUCAUUCUCAGAAGCCAAUUGUCGAUGCAAACGCCAAUUGGAUGACGAAGCACAUGGCUGAGGAGCAUCACGUCGACGGCUGGGACGCGGCCUCCUUUUUCACUCUCCACGACUACGACAGCGACGGCUACUGGAAAGGCGAAGAGCUGCUCCGCACCUACGGCCUCAUGGACGAUUCCAACAGGCACGUCUCCUGGGAGCGCCGCGAUGAUAUCCUGCGCCAGCUGCUCGAGCUCAUGGACCCGAAUCGCGACGGCGUCGUCAGCCGCGACGAAUGGACCGACUACAUCUCACAAGGCAAGACUCUUCCGGACAUGGGCACGGGGCCGGGCCACCACGGCGACGACGAAUACGAAUAUGAGAUUCAUCAUUGGGAGAAGUACCAUGACGAGAACUCCAAGUUGGAAGACUUGAACCAUCCGGAAGACAUUGAGCAUUUCCGGAAACACGAGCAGAUGGAGGAGGAGGAGGAGAGGCUGGAGAAGAUGGACCAGAUGGCCAUCAUAGAGGAGAAUAUCCCCAAGAAAUUUCUGCGGGGCAAUUAGGAAAUGUGAGGACGGCCUUCCAGGCGUUAAGAAGAGACGGAUCAAAUCCAAAGUUCAUAUGAGAGACGACGACGCCGAGAGACACGAAAUUGAUGUAAAAACAUUUUGUUCAUGUACCAUUAUCAUAUAUACUACUACCGCCUGUAAUACGAACAUCAAAGACGCAAUGCCAGACCCCCGGCGCAAACGUCUUGACCUGCUCAG